AUGCGCCGGUGGAGUCGGGGUGGCGCUGUGCUGUUCGUGGAUGGUGUUUCGGGGUGUUUCGGGGUGUUUCGGGGUGAGCGCUGCCUCCUGGGCGUGACCUUGCCGUGGAGGACGGUGGGUUUGUGCUUCCUGAGCCUGAGUAAACGGAGACGGAGUUGCGCGGCGGCGGGUGAGCGGCGGCUGUGUGAGGGAACCGACCACAAGCUCAGCACCCUCUCGGACCCGGACCAGCACUACCACACCCUGCGCAAGUUCUACGAGAACUGUGAGGUGGUGAUGGGGAACCUGGAGAUCACCAGCAUCGAGCGCAACCGCAACCUCAGCUUCCUCAAGUCGAUCCGGGAGGUGACGGGUUACGUCCUGGUGGCUCUGAACCAGUUUGAUUAUCUGCCGCUGGAGAACCUGCGCAUCAUCCGCGGCUCCAAACUCUACGAGGAUCGUUACGCCCUCGCCAUCUUCCUCAACUACAGGAGAGACGGUUACUACGGUCUGCGCCAGCUCGGCCUGAAGAACCUCACCGAAAUCCUGAACGGCGGCGUGUACGUGGACCAGAACAAGUUCCUGUGCCACGCAGAUACCAUCCACUGGCAGGACGUGGUGAAGAACCCUCGCGCCGAACUGCUGGUGGUGCCGUCCAACAACACCGGCGGUUCAUGUAGACGAUGCCAUCGGUCCUGUAACGGGCGCUGCUGGGGUCACCAGGAGGAUCAGUGCCAGAUCUUGACGAAGACGGUGUGCGCUGAGCAGUGUGACGGUCGCUGUUUCGGUCCGUACGUGGGCGACUGUUGUCACCGCGAGUGUGCCGGAGGAUGUUCGGGACCCAGGAACACCGACUGCUUUGCCUGCACCCACUACAACGACAGUGGCGCCUGUGUGACCCAGUGUCCUCAACCCUUCAUCUACAACUCCACAAGUUUCCAACUAGAGCACAACCCCAACGCCAAGUACACGUACGGCUCCUUCUGCGUCAAGAAAUGUCCACAUAACUUUGUGGUGGACCACAGCUCCUGCGUCCGGGCGUGUCCCAGUAACAAGAUGGAGGUGGAGGAGAACGGCGUCAGGAUGUGCCUCCCCUGCACCGAUAUCUGCCCCAAAGUGUGUGAUGGGAUUGGAACCGGCAACCUUCAGGCGUCUCAGACUGUGGACUCCAGCAACAUCGACAAGUUCAUCAACUGCACCAAGAUCAACGGGAACCUGAUCUUCCUCGUUACUGGAAUCAAGGGAGACAUGUACCACGGCAUCGCCGCGCUGGAUCCUGAACGUCUGAACGUCUUCCGCACCGUCAAGGAGAUCACAGGCUACCUGAACAUCCAGUCAUGGCCGGAGAACAUGAUAAACUUCGGCGUCUUCUCCAACCUCGCCACCAUCAGCGGGAGAACCCUGUACAGCGGGAUCUCCCUGCUGAUCCUGAAGCAGCGCUGGAUCACGUCCCUGAGCUUGUCAUCCCUGCAGGAGAUCGGCGCCGGAAACGUUUACAUCAGCAACAACAGCCAGCUCUGUUUCUACCACACGCUGAACUGGACCAAACUCUUCCGCUCCGGGGGCCAGAAGGUCCUGCUGAAGAACAACAAGGAGCCGCGGCAGUGCAUUCAGGAGCAGCUGGUGUGUGAUAAGCUGUGUUCAGGAGCAGGAUGUUGGGGUCCUGGUCCUGAUCAAUGUGUGUCCUGUAGGUACUUCGGUCGGGGCAGAAAAUGUGUGAAGUCCUGCAACCUUUACCACGGAGAUGUCCGUGAGUUUGUGAACGGUUCUGUCUGUUUGAAAUGUGACAGCGAGUGUGAGAAAGCCGGAGAUUCCACGCUGACCUGCCACGGCCCGGGUCCAGAUCAGUGCACCAAGUGUCUUCACCUGAAGGACGGUCCGAACUGCGUGAGGAAAUGUCCGAACGGCCUGCAGGGGGUCGACAGCUUCAUCUUUAAAUACGCCGAGGCUAACAAUGAGUGCCGGCCCUGCCAUCCCUACUGCACCCAGGGGUGCACUGGAUCCCACAUCCAAGAAUGCAUUGGAUUCCUGGACAGGACCCCCCUGAUCGUGGCGGGAAUGAUAGUGGCGCUGUUUCUGAUCGUCAUCAUCGCGCUGGGCAUGGCCAUUUUUGCUCGGCGCAGAAGAAUCAAGAAGAAACGAGCCCUGCGACGAUUCCUGGACACCGAGCUGCUGGAACCCUUGACGGCGGGUGGAACAGUGACUCCGGCUCAGCUCCGCUUACUGAAGGAAUCAGAGCUGAAGAGGAUUAAGGUUCUGGGUUCUGGAAGCUUCUGUACAGUCUAUAAGGGCGUUUGGGCCCCUGAGGGUGAAAGUGUGAAGAUCCCGGUGGCCAUCAAGAUCCUCAGUGAAAGUUCUGGGGCCAAAGCCAACGCCAAGUUCAUGGACGAGGUGCUGUUGAUGGCCAGCAUGGACCACCCUCACCUGGUGCGUCUGCUCGGGGUGUGUGUGACCCCCAACGUGCAGUUGGUGACUCAGCUUAUGCCCCAUGGUUCCCUUCUCAGCUACGUUCAGGAGAACAAGGACAACGUCGGCUCUCAGCUGCUGCUCAACUGGUGUUUACAGAUUGCCAAGGGUAUGAUGUACCUGGAGGAGAGGAGGCUGGUCCACAGGAACCUGGCUGCACGUAACAUUCGGGUCAAAUCCCCCAACCACGUGAAGAUCGCUGACUUCGGAUUGGCUCGGCUUCUGGACACCGAUGAGAUGGAGGGCGGCGUGGACGGAGGGAAGAUGCCCGUCAAGUGGAUGGCGCUGGAGUGCAUUCACUACCGGAGGUUCAGCCACCAGAGCGACGUGUGGAGCUUCGGCGUGGCCGUCUGGGAGCUGAUGACGUUCGGAGGGAAGCCGUAUGACGGGAUUCCUGCCCGCGACAUCCCGGACAUUCUGGAGAAGGGUGAACGUCUACCUCAACCCCCCGCGUGCACCAUCGACGUCUACAUGGUCAUGGUGAAAUGCUGGAUGAUCGACGCCGACAGUCGUCCCAGAUUCAAAGCGCUGGCGGCCGAGUUCUGCAGGAUGGCCAGAGACCCUCAGAGAUACCUGGUCAUCAAGGGCGACGAGUGCAUGAAGCUGCCCAGUCCCGACCACGCCAAAUUCUUCCAGAACCUUUUGGACCAGGACGAUCUGGACGACCUGAUGGACGCUGAGGAGUUUCUGAGCCAGUUUCAGCACCAUGGAGGGGUUCGGAGCACAAAACAGGUACCGGAGAUCUGCUCCCUGGUGCCCUCCGGCUCCACACGGGGCACCUCGGUGCCGGUCAAACCCCAGCAGGCGUCGCUCGGCUCCCAGGCCUAUAACGGCAACCUGCAGAAGCAGGGCGGCACCGGGUUCGGUGAGGAGAGCGCCGGUGAGUUCCUGAGAGACAGAACAGCCAGAGGAGGCGGCAUGGACGACGAAUACGCCGAACCCAGGAGGAGCAGGAGUUCCUCAGAUCAUCUCAGUCCUGUUGAGGAGAACCCGUUUGUGGCACCAAGAAAAAACGAUGAGAUUCAAGCACUGGACAACCUGGGCUACCACGGCACCCUGGACGGGCACCCGAAAGUCGAGAAGAAGGACAGUAACGAACCCGUUUAUCUCAAUACCUACCACAACAAACCCAGCAUGGGCAAAGUCAUCCUGAAGAAACCGGAAGCUUCCGUCCCGUCGCAGAUGACCGCGGCGCCCGGCGGCACCGUCAGCCACGUUCCUAUAACCGCGCAUUCAGGGCGGCCGCACGGUGCCAACCAAGGAGCACACGUCCAUUUCGCAGUUCCACCCGUUCAGUAUCCUCAGAGUGGACCGGCGGUGCAUUUGCCCCAAGGGUUUCACGUCGGUCACCUCAGCAAGUCGGCUCAGCAUCCCGACAACCUGCAGGUCCUCCCGGGUCCCGCGGACGCUCACAAAGCUGCGGUGGCGGUCAAGACGAGCCUGCCGGGUCACCCGGUGCCCUCGAGCGCCGCCACCCAGCCGGCUCAUACCGGGAUCAUAAUGGUGGAGCAGAAGUACUGGAGGGCGUCUGAUAACCCCGAGUACUGGCAGCGCAGUCUUCCUCUGAGAGCCUCGCAGGGAAACCCUCAAAGCUCCCUGCAGAGCCUCCACACCAGCCUGUACAAGCAGAGCGCCCGCAUCCGGUCCGCGCUGGCAGAGGGCGCCGAGUACACGCCCGAGUCUGAAGCCAUGAAGCUGGCGCCGGUCCUCCCUCCUCCGCCGUACCGCCACAGGAACACCGUGGUGUAACGUCCCGGUCGUACGUGUUCGACCGAGCCUGAUUCCUCCGACCAGCCGGACGCUCCAGUCUCCUUCUCCUGACCAGUUCCGGAAUACCGAUCCGUCCAAGUGCCUUAACCUUCGCUCCGAGGUCCGGAUUUAGGACACAGAUCCUAAAUUCCUUCCUUCCUACGUCUAUUCGCUCCUUCUUUCACUUCUCGGUCUUUAUUAUCCGUCUUGGGAACGCUUGCGUGCGCGGUCGGAAUAUACGGGACGCCCGGUCACACCGGUGGUGAUUUUUAUAGAUCCGGGUCGCCACAGUUUUCUACGAACACCUCACAACAGCGACUGUGAUUUUAUUUCCUUCCUUCUUAGCCAAGAUUUUUAUUUCUAGGACGUUUAUUUGGUCUGUCGGGCCGCCCGUACCGCGGCUCAUGUCGUGUACCUGUACAGACUCUUGAUAUUAACAAGUUACCACGUUUAUCCCAGGAGUAUCUGAAGAUUCAUCUCAUCUCAGUAAACCACGUUCGGCGAGAUACGCAUGUUCCAGAGUUAAAAUAAAAUACAAAAAAAAAAACAGCCCAACAUUUUUAUUGACUUCAGUGGAAGUGUUUCCUCGUUACUUCGUACUGUUUUAUAUUUUUCCUGCUUACAAACGUUGUGUUUACUUUUAUUCUUCUGUCCCGAUUAUUAACCGUCAGGAAGAAUAACCCCCAUGUCACGUCUCACCCUGAAUAUUUAGUAUUUAUCACGUUCUUGUCUGCCGGGGGUCGUCAGUCCUGAUGAAGUUUAUUUAAAAAUCCUAACAAAGUUUUAUAGUUGAAAAUACCAAACCCCAAACCUGAAGAGCAUUUCUACAACCCCAAAUCAGAAAAAGUUGGGACAGUAUGGAAAA